CUUGUACCCAACGGCGUGAUUGCACUCGAGGGCGGCGCCUUCUACGAGUGCUCCACCCUUACGAGCAUCACGCUGCCGGACAGCCUCACCGCGAUCGGCGACGAAGCCUUCUUCUGCUGCGACUACCUCACCGCCGUCACGCUGCCGGACAGCCUCGCCUCGAUCAGCGAGAGGGCCUUCGGCGGCUGCUCCGCCCUCACCAGCCUCACGCUGCCGGACAGCCUCACCUCGAUCGGCGUCGCCGCCUUCAACGGCUGCUCCGCCCUC